GUGUCUGGGCAUAAGAUGGUGUCCUUCCUUCACACACCAUGUCAUUCCCCUCUCAGGUACAAGCCCAGAGAUAAGCUACGUGUGUCCUUUGGAACACCAGAGUUCCUCGCUCCAGAAAUUGUCAACUUUGAGCACGUCUCCUUCCCUACGGACAUGUGGAGCCUGGGUGUCAUCACCUACAUGCUACUGAGUGGCCUAUCACCAUUCCUGGGCGAUAGUGAUGCUGAGACCCUCAGUAACAUCCUCACCACAAACUGCAACUUCGACGAUGAAGCUUUUGAAAACAUCUCGGAGGAAGGAAAAGAUUUUAUUGCAAAUCUGCUAAUCAGGGAGAAAAGUGGGAGGCUCAGUGCUGCCCAGUGCCUGAAACACCCUUGGCUCAGCAACAUUGCAGCAAAAAGCAAACAGAGCAAGAUCCAACUGAAGUCCCAGCUUCUGCUGAAGAAAUAUGUCAUGAAGCGGCUGUGGAAGAAAAACUAUUAUGCUGUUGCUGCAGCGAACAGACUGAAAAAGAUCGGCAGCUGUGGAUCACUCACCGCUCUGACAAUCUGAGAGAAUUCUCAAGAUGUGAUCAACUGACUGGACAACACUCAAGCUUAAUCAUAUGUUGCUCUGUAAGAAUCGGAAUAAGCAGGAGACAAGUAUAUCAUGUAGAGAACUACUGUACAG